UGGGUUAAGAUGUCUGCAGUGCGGCUGCUGCUGGUUCCGCUCGCCUUGUGUGUGAUGCACGCAUGGCUGUGUCACGGCGCUUGCGUGGAAGUCGAUUCAGACACGGAGGCCGUGGCUGGAGAAGGCUUCAAACUGAGCUGCAUCUCCUGCAAAAUGAGGGGGGAGGUGCCUGCCGUAGCUUCUGUGGAAUGGCAUUUCAUGGCCGAAGGAGAGAGCGAAUUUGUACACAUCUACAGUUAUGGGAAUAUGUAUGGAGUGAUCACAGAUUUGGAGCGCUUUGGAGAUCGUCUGGACUGGAACGGAAGUAAGAAUACCUUAGACCUGCAGGAUGGCUCCAUCUAUAUCCUCAACGUCACCUAUAAUGACACGGGCACUUACCGCUGCCACUUUGACCGCACCCUCACCUUCCCCUCUUACGAGUUCCAAACCAACGCCACCAAAUUCAUCACUCUCAACGUGGUGGGGAAGGCCACUCGUGGAAUGGCAUCCAUCCUGUCUGAAGUAAUGAUGUAUGUUUCCAUCAUCGGGCUCCAGCUCUGGUUGGUGGUGGAGAUGGUGUACUGUUACAGGAAGAUAGCGGCUGCAGGGGAGGAGGCGCUGAGGGAGAGCGCGGCGGAGUAUUUAGCUAUAGCCUCGGAGAGUAAGGAUAAUUGUGCAGGUGUGGCGGUGGCUGAAUAA